AUGGCGGACUUCUUCAACGAAGUGUCAGCCAUUAAGGGGCUGCUGGGGGGCAUCCGGGACAAGCAGCGCAAGCUGCAGGAGGCGCACGAGCGCACCAAGACGGUGACGCGCACGGGGGAGAUGAAGGAGAUCCGCGAGCGCAUGCAGGACGACAUCGAGGAGGUGAACAAGGCCGCGCGCACUGUCAAGCUCCGCCUCGAGCGCCUCGACAAGACCAACGAGCAGGCGGUCUCCCGCAAGGGGUGCGGGGUGGGGUCCAGCAGCGAGAGGACUCGGACGGCCAUCACAGCAGCGCUGAAGAAGAAGCUGAAGGACGUCAUGGGCGAGUUUGGCGUGCUGCGUCAGAAGCUGCAGCAGGAGUACAGGGAAGUUGUGGAGCGGCGGACGUACACUGUGACGGGGCAGAAGGCGAGCGCGGAGGAGAUAGACCGGCUGAUUGAGACGGGCGAGAGCGAGACCAUCUUUGCCAAGGCCAUCCUGGAGCAGGGCCGAGGCCAUGUGCUGGACACGCUGGCGGAGAUAGAGGAGAGGGGGGAGGCGGUGCGCGAGCUGGAGAAGAGCCUGCUGGACCUGCACCAGAUCUUCCUGGACAUGGCCGUCCUCGUGGAGGCCCAGGGAGAGAUGCUGGACAACAUCGAGGCUCAGGUGGGCAAGGCGCGCAACCACGUGCAGCAGGGGGUGACACAGCUGGUCGAGGCGAAGAAGCUGCAAAAAAAGACGCGCAAACUCAUGUGCUGCGUGCUCGUCACAGUUCUGCUCAUCAUCAUCGCCAUUGUGCUGGCCGUCGUCAAGCCCUGGACGCUUAUCAACAGAAACAACAGCAACGCAGGCUGA